AUGGCCUCAGCUGGCGGAUCCCCGGGUGUCUAUACGACUGCUUUAAAGAGGGACCCGUCUUCAACAUUUUAUGCCUACCCGCCGGGACUGGCUGUGAUAAAGGAGCAACGCGAAGUGCUUGACUCUUCGUAUGGAGGCCAAGUCAGUGCGGAGCAAUUCACACAAGACUUGGCUUUAAUGGCAUUAAUGGACAAUCUGCCGGUGGAUUUUGCUACGAAACCAGGAAUGCAGUAUAUGAUAGGCCAUUUGCUUGGGAACCAGAAAAUACCUCUGCCAAGUGAAGAAGCAAUGGGGAAAAGUAUCCUUUCACUAAAGGAGAACGUGUUUCAGUCUAUCAAAGUCUUGGUAUCCAGAGCGAAGAGUGUCGCCGUAUCGCUUGAGUUUUGGCAGCUUCCGUCAUCUACAACACCUAAGCCGACUCAGUAUCUGGCUGUAAAGAUUCACUUUAGUGUGAAUUUUAAGCUAUUUGAAAUUGCUGUUGGAGUCACAUCACUGGAAGAACCAUGUAAAGUGGAGACAAUCAAAAAUAUAGUCGACUCUUACUUGGAACGACUAGGUAUCAAAGACAAAAUUAUCGCUUUUAUUAAGGACGAACUGCCUGUAACAAUUGAGCUCAAAGCUUCCGAUAUUCCAUCGCUCUUUGUACCUGUCAACUUCGACGGAAGGGCUUUAUCUGAGGCAGCACAAAACACACUUCUUCUCACAUCUGCAGUUCAGCAUCUGCGUGUCUGUCUCACUCGAGAUAUUUUUGUCAAAGCGUUCCCAGAUGUUGUGACUCAAGUCGACGAAUUUAUGGCUCGACUCAAGGAUAGUGAGGAGGUGAUGCUUGCCUUGAGUCGAAAAUGCCCACAGUUCCAUGCUAAGCUUUUAACUAAAGAUUCCGAAUCAAUGUCGUAUCAUGACUUUCUGAGAAAUUUUAUGGAAUACCUGCCAACACUCGAGCAGAUUGCAAACGCAAACCUAGUGAACAUCUUGUCUACGUCAACUGUUGAGUUCAUCAGGCUUUUAAUUAAGAAGUUACGACCAUUUUCUCGAUACUCGGAGGCGCUUGAGGGAGAGAAAAACAAAAAAACAGGCAGCGACAAAGAGGUACACAAGAACGGUAUUUCGAGUAUAUCAACGAUCGCGGCGGCUUUGGUCACGUAUGCAGAGAAGCAAGCACAGUCUCCAGCACUACCACCCGUUUGCUACGCAGCGACACUUUUUGACCCGCGUUACAAAAAUCGGGAUUAUUGUUAUUUGUCCUACAUAUCUGAGUGUGAGAUUGGUAAAAAGUAUUUGCGUCGUAUAAUUGUACAAGAAGACGAGGUCGUGCAAUCAUCGAAUCGCUCUGGCCCCACAGUACUGUCAGGAUCUGACGCAAUUUCGGUGGCCAGAAUGGCGGCAUCUACGUUUGCAAAUGGUAAGGAGCCUCCCUGUUCUUUGGUUCACGAUGAAGCUCUCGCCGACGACGGAGAUGAUGACCUGCUUUCGCAUCUGCCGUCAGAAACAUCGAGGUCUUCUAUUCAAGGUGAUUAUGAGGUGGUCACAACGUGGGAAAAAGAGUUGAGCGCAUUCCUGAGCCUACCAGUUUCGGAACGCAAUGUCGACCCGUUAUCAUGGUGGAAACUAAACCAAUUGCGUUUUCCACUGAUUGCACCAUACGCGGAAAUGGUGCUUUCGCUGCCAGCUGCCUCCUCAAGUGGCGAAAGUAUUCGUAGCAAUGUACACCGCGUACUUUUGCGCACUGAAGGCCCAGCACGCGAGGCUGCGCUGGCCGACAAUUUAGCUAUUGCUGAAGCAUUUUUGUGCUUCCAAGUUAACAAAGACUUUGCGAUGGACUGCUUUGGAUCAAGACCCAAUUCCGACGGUAUGGCCGAAAGCGUAGGACUGAACACAGAUUUUGAAAACAGCGGAACGAGUUUCAAACAUUUUGAGAAUGUGUGA